AUGAGAAGCUCUGUUCUUUCAAUUGCCGCUCUUGCUGCCGUCGCUGCUGCUGCAGACGAACUUCCAAACGCCGAUGUUGGUGCUUUGGAGGCUCUUUUCCAGGAUAUCAACAGUUACAGAGACCAGUACAUUGACUAUCUUGCCAGUGCAAGUGCUGUCAGUUUCCCAACCGGUCUCAUCGACAUUUACACCGCCAUGACUACAUACACGGAUGAUGGUUACACUUCUCUCUUCAAGACCAUCCCAUUGUCUGAGUUCUCCGAGAUCCAGGCCCUUGCUACCGCUCUUCCAUGGUAUUCUACCCGUUUGCUUCCUGCCGCUGAAGCUGAUGCUUCAAAGAUUGGAGGUGACUCUUCUGCUGCAACCACUGCUGCUUCAUCUAAGGCAACUUCGUCUGCUGCUGCUUCAAGUGCCGCCUCAAGUGUUGCCCACAACAGCACUGAGUCUUCUUUCAAGAACAGCACAUCAUCAUCUUCCGCCUCUGGAUCUUCAUCCGUGAAACUCACAUCUGUUUCGGAGUCUGCUUCUUCUGCAUCCGAAACUGCUUCAGCUUCCGAGUCUGAGUCAUCUGCUGCUUCAACUUCAGCUUCAUCCUCGAGUUCUGCAGCCGCCGCCAUCAACGCUGUUCCUUUCGCCGGCUUGUCGCUUGGCGCUAUUGCUUACAUGCUUUUGUAA